CCCCCGGGCAGCUCCAGCUCCAGGUCCCGGCGCCCGCGCUCCCCCCGGGCAGCGCCAGCAAGUGGUACAGACCGGGGGCGGGGCUACGGAAUGAGACAAGAUGGCGGCGGAGCAGAGUUCAAAUGGCCCUGUCCUCCGCUCCAUGCAUGAGAAAGCAGUUGACCGUAGAAAUAUAAACAAGGAGCACAACAGCAACUUUAAAGCUGGAUAUGUUCCUAUCGAGGAGGAAAGAUUGCACAGGACAGGGUUACGGGGUCGUAAGGGCAAUCUGGCGAUUUGUGUAAUAGCCCUUAUGUUUAUUCUGGCAGUGAUUAACUUAAUUAUUACACUUGUUAUCUGGGCUGUAAUUCGAAUCGGCCCCAAUGGUUGUGAUAGCAUGGAGUUCCAUGAUGAAGGCUUGUUACGGUUCAAACAGGAGUCUGACAUGGGAGUCGUGUAUCCCAUGCACAAGAGCACAGUGGGAGGCAGAAGAGAUGAAGACUUGUUGAUCACCGGCAACAAUCAACCUGUGGUGUUUCAGCGGGGAACAACCAAACUUAGUGUAGAGAAAGACAAAACCUCCAUCACCAGUGAUAUUGGCAUGUCUUUUAUUGAUCCUCGGACCCAGAAAACUGUGUUCAGCACUGACUAUGAUACUCAUGAGUUUCGUUUGCCUAAAGGUGUGAAGACACUAAAUGUACUGAAGGCAUCCACAGAAAGGAUAACAAGCAAUCAUAGUAGCGAUCUGCACAUUCAUUCUGGAGGCCGUGUGAUUGUGCGUGGAAAUGAAGGGGUCUUUAUCAUGGGAAAAACCAUUGAAUUCCGCAUGAGGGAUAAUAUGGAACUCAAGGCUGUAAACAGUAUUAUUCUCAAUGGAACUGUGAUGAUCAAUGUAUCACGGCUUCCAAAUUCAUCAACUGGAGAGUUCCUGGUGGACGAUGGCUGGGAACGCUACAAACUCUGCAUGUGUGCCGAUGGGACACUCUUCCGAGUCCAGGUGAAAGGCAAAAAUAGCGGCUGUCAAACAUCCAAUAACCCCUGUGGAAUUGUGCUAUAAGAAUCAAGAUUGAGGAAUGAGUGACAGAAGUCAUCAAUUAUAAUGUUCAUAGGAAAAGAGAUCAAUUUAAUGCAGAAAAAUUACACCAUUGUAGCCACCAUCAUUUGUGACCAGUGGCUGAUAAAUGUAAUAGUCCAUAAAUAUGCUUAUUGUUAUUUUCCAGCAAGAAAGGAACUAAAAUGAAAAGGAUAUUAAUAAUACACCUUCAUUAUUCCUAUUCUAAUUCAAUAGUUUCCUAUAGCUUUUACAAAAGUUAUAUUCCUUUCUAACUAUGACCAUUAAGUAUUAUCAGUAACCAUGCAGAGUUUUCUAAAUCAGAUUUCAGAGUCCUGCCGCAUGUAUUAACACGAAUGUACGCUAAAUCAGAAUGAAGCAAUAUGAAUUUUAGAAUUUAGUAGAAGAAUCUUAUUAAAGUAGGACAAUAUUGAUAUUGAAAACUAUACGUCAGAGUUAGAUUUUCACAACUAUACAAAUCAAGGUCUAUCAAUCAAAUGGAAAAUGGAUAUGUCAACAAAAUCUCAAACAUAUUCCCAAGGAAUCAUGUAUCAUCUCUGAUUAUUAUAUUCUUGCACGUGCUUUACCAAUACUUGGUGUUGGUUUACUUUUGUCAUCUGUACGGCGAUACAGUGAAAAGCUUUUGUUUGUGUGCCAUCCGGCCAAAUUAAAUACUAUACACAAGUAUAAUCAACCCAUACAAGCGCAACAGAUAAUGCAAGAAGAAAAUUACCUGAGUGCAGAAUAUCAUGUUCUAGCUUUAUAGCUUCAAUUGGAGAAAAAAAGUCCAAUAUCAGCAACGGGGAAGCUUGGAAGAUUGGGUUUGCAUCCUAGCUUUUGCAAGGACAAUUUGAUAAUCUGAUAAAAGCAAAGAAGCAGCUGUUCCUAAAUCUGGUGUUCCGUGCUUUCAAGCUUUUUGUAUCGCUGCCCUAUAGGAGAGGGGAGAAGAGACAAUGACUGACGUGAAAAGGAUCCUUGAUUAUGUUGGCUCCUUUCGCAACUCAGCAUGAAGUGUAGAUGGAGACGAUGGGGAUGUUGGUCUGUAUGAUGGAUUGAGCUGCAUCCACAGUUCCCUGCAACUAUUUGUAGUCUUGGGCAGAGCUGUUGCCAAACAAAGCUGUGAUGCAUCCUGAGAGUAUGUUUUCUGCUGAAGUUGUACAAUGGUUUGUACGGUCAUUUUAAAAAUCAUUGCAAGUCACAAACAAUAGUAUUCUAGUAGGGAGAAACCUUUGGGUAUUAGCCAGUACUAUAUGAAUGUGUUUCAUCUCGCUCUCCUCCCCUAAAUUCUAAUGAACAUGCAGAAGACCCAGAGCAGUGCUGUUUGGCUUUGAGUUGGUUUGCAUUUGGGAGUAGUGAAAUGUUCAAUAACAUAGUUGAAACAUUGCUCCAUUUUUCAAACUAUAGAAAAAUGCCAGUUAAGAUUUAUAUAUAAAAUCUAAGCUAACACAAUCACAUUAAAGGCUAAGAUCUGAUCCUGUCUUGCAAAUGGGUAAAGGUGCUGCUUUAUCUUUAUUAUCUUGGCCUUUAUGCAGCCGAGUAACACUUCCCCACUGGAUUUAGACAAUAAAACUAGAGUGUUAACAUAUUUCAAACCAAUUACAUCAGUAUGACAAUUUUACCUCCAUGCAAUUCAGGGCAUUUUUUCAUACCUGCAGUAAAUCUGAUUUAAUUAUAAUUGUUUAGCUUUUCCUGUGAGAUUAGUCACCAGAUAUGUAUUGUAUGGUGGACUAUGUUCCAAGCUGUAACAAGCAUGUUACUAAACAAAAAUAAGUGGUUCAAGUUACCAUCACACUUCCAGAAUACAACUGUUAAGAAGCAUUUUGGCUUUUGUAUUUCAUACUUAUAUGACAGUAUUACUAAGAUUAUGGGUCUGCAAUCACUUUCUUAUUCAGUAUUAUGUUGCAACAAAAUGUAUUGUAUUUGUAAAGGUCAGCUUCUUAACUGUUCUCCAAGCUGAUUUCUUUUUUUAAAUAAGAGAUGCUUUAUUUAAAAUACUGAAUGACGGAACAGAUUUAGGUAUUAGCAUUGGCAAAUCUCACGUUUGUGGCAUAUUAUUUUGUAGCUCAGUAGAUCAAAAGUUUGAUCCUGCACUUAUAUAUAAAACAGGAACUGCCAGUUAUUAAAUUAAUUUCAGAUAGCUUUUGGUUUUGUAAUAAUGGACAUUGUAUCCUUUGCUGGGAUAUGUUUUCUUUGUUAUCCAAUAUAUUGGUUAUAUGAAUUUUAUGCAUGAAUGGAAUUUUCAGUUUAAAAAAUUAGAAAAUGACAGAUUCCAGCUUCUUGUGAACUUGCUCAUAUCAGCUAAUCUUGCAGCUGGCUGUGAAAUCAGUUUUAGAAAGGUUUUGCUUUUUAUUAUCUGUUCAAGCUUUCUGAAGACUAAAAUGCAGGGGGGCUAAUUUUUUUAAGUUUAAAUUUGUAAAGUACCAGGAGGAUAAACCAAGACUAUAAGGCUGUCCCCUAAGCCAUAUGCGAGCUGAAAUGCUAAUUAAAACCUUACAUGCACAAAUCAUUUCAAAGAAUAAAAAUGGG